CACAUUGUUACCUCCCUUGGCUGCUACAUGCGCCUGUGAGAGGAGCGUACAGUGUGUCAGGGGGCUGGUUCACGAAACCCUGGGUUUGGGUGACCUCGUACUUCAAAACGAGCACACCCGACGGGAUGUGACUAGACUUCCGGAGCCACGACGACAGGGCAGAGUGGCAGUUGGUUUGGCCAUAGCGCGGUCUGUCUCCAAGCCGGGCGGGAUAUCCGGAGUACUAAGCUAGCUAAUAACAUGGCGAAGACUUACGAUUACUUGUUUAAACUACUUUUAAUUGGCGACUCGGGCGUCGGGAAGACAUGCGUGCUAUUCAGAUUUUCAGAAGAUGCCUUCAACUCAACGUUUAUCUCUACUAUAGGUAUUGACUUCAAGAUCCGAACAAUAGAAUUAGAUGGAAAGAAGAUCAAGCUACAGAUUUGGGAUACAGCAGGACAGGAAAGGUUCAGGACCAUCACAACAGCCUACUACAGAGGGGCUAUGGGCAUCAUGUUAGUAUAUGACAUUACCAACGAGAAGUCCUUUGAUAACAUCAAGAACUGGAUACGAAAUAUAGAAGAGCAUGCCUCAGCAGAUGUGGAAAGGAUGGUUCUUGGGAACAAGUGUGAUGUCAAUGACAAGCGACAGGUGUCCAAAGAAAGAGGAGAAAAGCUGGCGCUUGAGUAUGGUAUCAAGUUCAUGGAGACCAGUGCAAAGGCAAACAUCAAUGUGGAUAAUGCCUUCCUAACACUUGCUAGAGACAUCAAAGCAAAAAUGGACAAGAAACUGGAGGGCAACAACCCCCAGGGCAGCAGUCAAGGAGUGAAGAUCACAGAACAGCCCAAGAAGAGCAGUUUCUUUCGCUGCACGCUUCUGUGAGGAGACGGAUCGUUGGCAUCCACCAUCGCCUUAACUGUGUCUCCAACUGGACAGAACUGGACAGAGCACACUCUGAUCUCCCUCUCCUGCUUCUCUUCCCCCUUAAUGUUCUGAUUUGCUUUGCUUGACACCUGUGGACCUAACUACUGUGGCCUCUGUUACAUUGUUUUACAGCUACUCCCUAAAUCAAUGUUUUCAACGUAUAUCCCUCAAUUUUAUUGACUUUUAAAAUCUACCAUCUUAUGAGAUGCUAAGGCAAUUUAAAUUGAAUCCACAAUCUUCCAUACCGUGGAUCUUUGUAUUUCAUUACCUACAGGUUGUUGUUAUUAUAAUGUGUGAUGCUUUCAUGGGCUUCUUCACCUCUUGUCACACGGAGGUGUUCAGUUAAUUUCAGUCCUUUCAGUCCUUACAACCUAAACUAUACUACCUGAAUAGUGUGACCAGUCCCAUGAGCUUCCUUUUUGGAUUUAUUCAGUCUGACAAUAGAAUUGAGUCUGUCUCCUAGGUGGCGAGGGUACAAUCUCAGCUCAGUGCUGUUUACUGAGCAAUUACAGUACGUGUGUGUACUGACUAGGUGGCUUAAUUUUCUAUAUAUCCACGAUUCCUAAAAGUAACAUGUAAAUAUGUCAUUGCGAUUUACAAUAUGAAACAGCAGUGCCAGUACUUCACCAAUCAACAUCAGCGUUUCCUACCUUUUCUACUCAUGCCUACCGGUUUCUUAGACUGAGACAUUCCAUUUAUUUCUCUUCUCAACACUUUGAUGUGCAAUGUAGUAUUUACAGAGUUAUUAGUGUUCACUUUGUUGCAGUUACGCUGAGUUCUUAAAGUAUGCUUGUGUAAAGGGCAAACAGGUUCCAUUUUGAAGUGGCUGCCGUCAUUGUUUUGGGUAUUGGUGGGUGUAUUGUUAGGAAAAAAACGAAAGCUGGUCGAGCAGUACCAAACUCCAACACCUGGAGGCAAUGCAGUUACACAGCGGUUGGCCCAGAAGGAUUUACAUCAGUGAUUAAAUGUAUUUUUCAUGCAUUUGUACUUUCUGUUGUUGGUUCCAUUGGGGGAACGCAUACACACUUGUUGUGUGGGCCUUGGAUAGGGGCUGUUCUCUAGCAGUAUUUAUGGAGUUCAACAAACCACAGCACCACUUGUGCCCUUUUUAUGUUCUUAUUGAUUAUGCACUUUUCCUUUUGUUCUGACUGUAAAAAAAGUUCUUAACAUUUGUUGACUGUUUGUUGCACGUCUAAACUGAAAGCAAAGCGUGUGCAUGCACAAUUCUCCACGUACCUCCUCUGGGCUUCCUUUAACAUGUGAGCACUGACGAGGCCUGUGAUUUAGAGAUGUUUCCCCAUUACAACGUUCUCCUUAGGUGAUGUUUCCCGUAGAUGCUUCUGGGAUCCACUCGACCACUAUCUAGCUCUUAUUCUCCACUCUCUCCCCCUUGUCCUCUGAACAAACAUCCAGCCUCUAAUCAUGGCCGUCUGAACUAUGCAUUCUGGGUGUGUAGGAAACCACGUUUGGCUUAACAAGCUUUAUUUGAGAUUAGAAAUGUGCAAAGGACCUUUUAUUUUAUUUUCUGCUGUCACUCCAAAUGAUCUGUUUUUACAUAGUUGAGCUGUCCAGGUGUAAGAAUAGGAAAUAAUCUGAAAGCUGCUACAAUGGGAGCAAGUUAUUUCUAGUGAUGUUAAAAUGAGAGCGCAUGACGGGUCUUAGGAUGUGUAUUUAAAUUGUCACCGCCACUGUAGAUGGAUUUAAACAUUACAGCUCUAUUUUGGCUCUCACGGAUGAAAGUGAAUUUUGGACUUAAAUCCGACUUAAAAUCAAUCUCUAAAAUGAUCCUGGGUUGUUUUUUCUCAUUUGUUUUUUCUCUAAUUAAACCUACCAUAUCUCUGAAUUUCAUAAAUAAAUUAAAUAUCCAACAACUGUAAAUAAGAUCUACUGUACAAUGAUUGUAUGGCAGUUUCAUAAAUCUGGUCUACACUUUGUUGUAGAUAUUGUACUUUGAUUUAUUAAAAAUGAAAUUUUUAAAGACAUGUUUUACUAAGUUAUAUUUCUGUUUGCACUGAGAGUCUGUUAGGGGGUAGUGCACUGCACAUUUUUAAAAAGCUUGAUCAAAUAAAAUGUAGAUUACAAAAAAGGAGCAUCACAUUACAACAUAAAAACUCCAGUUCAUAAACCUGAGAUUUGCUCUUUCGUACAAACAAGCUUCAAAUUUAGAGGCAGAAAUCUUGCACUUGUAUUUCUUGAAUUGAAUAAAGUUUUAUGUAUGUUUCA